AUGUUUACAAGUGAUGCAGCUUUGUCUAAAGCCGAAUACAUCAAAACAUUACACAAAGAGAUCAAGGAACGGAUUGAGAACAAGAAUCGAAAGCUAGUAAGUCGCAAGAACCAAGGGAGAAAGAAAGUUAUUUUUAACCCAGGUGAUUGGGUUUGGGUUCAUCUACGAAAGGAACAGUUUCUAGAUCAGAGGAAGUCCAAACUUCAACCUAGAGGAGACAGUCAUUUUCAAGUGCUUGAACGGAUCAAUGACAAUGCGUACAAACUGGAUCUUCGAGGAAAUGAAGACCUUGAUUUGGGGACAAAUCCUUUUAAAGAAAGGGGGGAUGAUGCAAAUCCAACCACGGAUCCAAUGAAUGUACCCGAGGGACCAAUUACAAGAAGCAAAGCAAAGAAGAUUCAAGAGCAUGAUAGUUGUGAGAUUAAAGAGCAUUUUGUGGAUGAAUAUCUUUUAGCUAUUUCUGAAGUCCCUUGGUAUGCUGACUAUGCGAACUAUCUGAAGGAGAUUCUAGAGGCAUGCCACAAAUCACCAUAUGGUGGGCAUUUUGCUGGACGUAAGACUGCAGCAAAAGUCCUCCAAAGUCGUUUCUUUUGGCCGUCUCUAUUUCGAGAUGCUCAUAUAUUCAAUCAAGGAUGUGAUCGCUAUCAAAGAUCAGGUAACUUGACAAGGAAGCAUGAGAUGCCUUUAAACCCAAUAUUGGAAGUUGAACUUUUCGAUGUUUGGGGCAUCAACUUCAUGGGUCCGUUCCCACCUUCAUUCAGUAAGAAUUACAUUCUCUUGGUUGUUGAUUAUAUCUCGAAAUGGGUUGAGGCUUUGGCCACCCCUACUAACGAUGCCAAGGUAGUUUCUCUCAUCUUGCAAAAGUUAAUUUUUAUUAGAUAUGGUACAUCUAGAUGCUUGAUUAGUGAUGAGUGA